UCUUGGCCCCGGCGCGGGCCUCGGACGGCAGCGACCAUGCCCCGGGCUUUCCUCGUGAAGAAGCCGUGCAUCUCCACGGGAAAGCGCAACUGGAGCGAGCUCCCGGACGAGGAGCGAGGCGAGAUCUACGUGCCUGUCAGCCUCGGCUUCUGCCCACCCCAGCCGUACCAUGAUCUGGAGCCCUCGGUGGCCGAACCUCCUUCCUGUCCGCUGGCCCUGGACAUGAGUCUUCGGGAGUCUGGCUACAGUACAGCCGCCAGGCCCUGCGCAGUGGCGCAGCUGCCGCCAGAAAACCUGGACCACUUGACUGACCCUCAUCCCCAUGAGCAUGGCUUUCUGCGGCCCAAGAUGAAGGUGACCGUGGGAGAUGGCCCGAGCGGGGAGCUCUUCACCUGUCACAUCUGCCACAAGGCCUUUACCUACCAGCGCAUGCUUAACCGACACAUGAAAUGCCACAAUGAUGUCAAGAGACAUCUUUGCACCUACUGUGGGAAGGGCUUCAACGAUACCUUUGACCUCAAAAGACACGUGCGCACACACACCGGUGUUCGUCCCUACAAAUGUAGCUUGUGUGACAAAGCCUUCACCCAGCGCUGCUCCCUCGAAUCCCAUCUCAAGAAAAUCCACGGGGUGCAGCAGAAGUAUGCCUACAAAGAGAGGCGGGCCAAACUCUACGUGUGCGAGGAGUGCGGCUGCACCUCCGACAGCCAGGAGGGCCACGUCCUCCACCUGAAGGAGCAUCACCCUGACAGCCCGCUGCUGAGGAAGACUUCGAAGAAGGUAGCUGGCGCCCUGCAGACAGUCACCACCCUACCGCAAAACAGCCACCAUCUCUAAACGCCAAGGAGGGCCAGGCCCUCUGCCCACCUGGAGGGAGGGCGCCAAGCCCACCGCAGCUAGAGCAUUUGGGUGAGGGACCACCCCAGGCACAGAGCUACCACCUGUCCCGGCCCAGGCACAGGGGCACUCCAUGGUGGACUUCACCCUGCAGGCCCAGCCCCUUCUAAGCUGGGAGGAAGCAGAGAUGUGGCCCACCCAGACACAGUCACCAUCCUUCUGUCAAACAAUCACCAUCUCUACACCCCAAGGUAGGCCAGGCCCUCUGCCCACCUGGAGGGAGGGCGCCAAGCCCACUGCAGCCAAACCAUUUGGGCAAAGGACCCCCGGGCACAGAGUUGCUGCCCCUCACUGCCCAGGUGCAGGGGCACUCCGUGGAAGGCUUUGCCAUGCAGGCCCAGCCUUCUUUGCGUGAGGACGAUUCCACCCACUUUCUUCAGAAAACACUCCCACGUUUCCCUCUGGUUUUGUUGAAGUGAGACUUGAAGACGAUAAGCCGUGAGCCGCCAGGUUUUGGGGGCUCAGGGGUAAGCGCCUGUUGGCUGAACAAAGACUUCCCAUUCGAGACUAUCUGAAGAAAAGCCACUUGAUAAAAAUGGCUGAUGGCGGGUAUGUGGCUCCAACCCUGCUGUGUACUCAUACGCCCAGAGACGCUGAGACCACUGCACGCGCGCACUGGCCUUCCCAAGGCACAAGCUCAUUUGAUUUCUUUCCUUAGGGUUUUUUUAGAAAGAUGACCAAUGCACAGAUACUAAUAUAUUUUUGGUGCUGAUAGAGAUCUUUUUCAAAGAUGGGCAGAGCUAGCCAGCUGUUCUCGAUCCCUACCUCCUUUGGGGCUCAUCACUGUGGGCAGGUAUUCUGUGGGCCUGUCUGCCCCGGGACCUGGCCCCCUCCCCAGGCAGCUGUCUGCUUUCUUUCUGUUCUCCAGAAUAUGCCUGGACAAGGCACAGGGCCUCCUGUCUCGAGGACGUGCUGCUCCGUCCUGGCCUUUGCCGUGGUCCCCUUGCAGCACCCCACUCAGGGCUUCCUGGGGCUGCUCCUCACUUCUCCACUCCUAAAUGGACCCACAUAGCAUCUUGGGUCACUCACCACUCCGGCAGGUUCCUUCUGGCUCUGCCCAGGGGCAGCCAAGAUGAAAUGAUUGUGCCUUUGUCACCCGGAAUCCACCAUUUCCUUCAGCACCUGAAAGGAAGUAGCAUAGAUGGGCUCAGAUGUAAGGGUCUGAACCUUGGUGGGGAUGGGGGAUGGGGCAGCAGGCCCCACGGUUUUGGGGAGGGCUCCACACAGUCCCAGGACAACAGGAAAGAGUGAAAUUCCCAGGGUGGAAUGUUCACCAAAGGGAAAGGAGGCCAUUAGCUGAACCUGUGAGCACCCCUUCCCCAUUUCCGAAGUGGAGAUGUGCCUCUCAGUUCUCAGGUUAGAGAGGAUAUUCAUUUGUGCUCCGCACUGAUAAGGGAGGGUCCACACUUCUCCAGCUCUUUGGCCCAGAAGGUUACUCUGGAGUGCUGGCCAGAGUGCCCUGGGGGUUUUCGUCAUUUGUGGCCAGGGAGAGAGCUGCUCCCAAAAGACAGUACACACAUAAUUCCAACCUUGCUGAAAGGGUUGGUUGAUGGCCAGACCCGAAGAGUUGAACAGGCCUGGACACCUGGGCCAUCCUUGAGUACUGAUCAUCAGUCGUCAGUCUGGAGCAGCCCGAGAGUCUCACGAGACACAAGGCGACACCGCGGCUGCCCCCCAGACCAGGCAGAGGCCCCGGAGAGGAGAACCCCGGCUGGGCACCUGAGGACCUUUCUCCACCUCGCUCCUGUGCUGGUGCGUCCAGGUUACCUUCCGAGGAUUUCGGCCCUCCUCUGCUAGGAGUCUCUGGGGCCAGUGGCCGCACAAUAGCCUCAGUUUGUUUACAUGUUUUUAUCACUACACACACGGUUCUAUGUUGUCUGUUUGAUUUUGUAACUGGUUUUCCCAUUCGUUAUUAAAAUCUUAAGACCUCUU